AUGAUGCAUGUCUGCCGUGGUUCCCACAGCCGCAGCCAGAACCCCUCCACCCCCGCUCCAUCGGUGGCAACUUUUCAGCCCGUUCUUUUUCCAAAUUACCAUCGCUACAUUGUAACAUUUGAGAUAGUAUUGAGGAUAACCUUGGAGGAUCUUCCCAAUGUGAAUGGUUUAUGGAAGAAAACUUUCAAUAUCUUUUUACGACAGCCAUAUGGAUACAGAACACCUUGUUAUGCUGUAAAUGAUUGGUUGGUUCGAUUUUUGAGAAGAGGACAGCGUCUACCAAUUUUUAUUUUGGGAAUACAUGAAAUCUUGGUGUAGAACUAUGCGUAAAUUAAGGCUAAGCUGACUCUAGUGGAUUCUACGGAGGAAACAUUUAGGAAAGAGAAACAAACAGAAAAAAGUGAUACCAAGAAAGGAAAGAAGGAAACAAGAAAAACCACCAAACAUCCAAUAUUUAGGAAGUGGUGGCAAUGAAAUUGUUGCUGGCGUGUUGGUAUGAAAUGGUUAGUAGCCAUGGCAAGUCUCCCCUACCUUUUCCUCCUAUGGUUUCUUUUGAGUAUUGCUCUGGCAUCCAUACCAGUCAUUAUGGUGGUUUUGAACUUGAUGAAUGAUGCUCUUUGUGUCAUGUUGGUUGAUGAUGGCCGCUCUGUUUAUCUCCUUCACCCGCUCUUUUACUUUAGAACUUCCAUUGCCAAUUCCCCCAUUCAAAAUCAACAAGGUUAUGAGCUAGAAAUAAUAAAUAUCUACCCUUCUAUUGGAGCAUAUGCAUUUUAGCCCUUUUAUUCGGAGGAAUAAUUUAAAUUAAGGAGUUCUUGCGUAUAGGGAAAUCCUCCAUGUUGUAGUAGAAUAAUCAAUAAUGUCACUAAAAAUGAUCAGUCUCAAGUUCUAGUAUUUCCUCACAGUAUGGUGGAGAAUGUCGCCCACUAGUGAAGUUAGUAGGAUGAUCGGGUCAGUAGAAUAAUUCAAUGUGUCACAUGGUAUAUCUCUAAGGAAGAUGGAAAAGACAGGGAGAGGGGUAUCAGCUAGCUGGCUUUCUCUUCCUAAUGUGAGCUGAGUUAGAAACUACGAUGCAUGACAGAUUUGAUGAUACAGACAUGGUGGAUGGCACGCUGGCAUAAAGAGUGUUGAACAGUUACUGCUGUCUCGUUUAAAUAUCGACCAAAAAGAUUUGUCCGCUCUGUCCUGUGGUGUUGUUCUUGGCAGCUAGCACUUCCUCUCUCUCUCUCCCCAUUCAUUUGGCUUUUCUGGGUUCUGUGGGAUAUCCUCUCAAACACUCUUUCUUGCGGUCUGUUCUUGGUAACCUGCGCUCUCUCUCGCUUCAUUAAUUAGGCUUUUCUGGGUUCCGUGGGAUAUUUAAUUACAAGUCACGGGUCAUCAAGGUAUUAUUACGACGACGUGACUGCUGGUUAGAGGCCUCAACAUUAGCACGGGAUCUCCCUAUCCUUCCACCAAAAGCGCUGACAGGCUAGCGGAGCAUCUUCACUGCUUUCUUGCCAAUAGCCACUUAAUUUUCCAGAUACUUUCCUAGGAACCAACCUUCUUGUGUAGAAUGACUCGAGCUUUGAUUCUCCGUUGGAGCAAUCCAUGAGAAUAGCGUACCUAUGCAUCCUAUUCUACGUACUCUGGGACGCAGAGCGGGACCGUCUCCCAGAGAGGGGGGGAGCUGAGUUCCUAGGUUGAUUUACGAACUAAAUUUCGAUUUCACUUUUUUCUUUUUUGUGUGUCAGUUCAUGGUUUACGCAAGGAAUUUUGCUUGACGAGGGUCAUUCGUCUUGGCAGUAAACGUCGUUGCACUGGGCUUGGCAAAUCUGGUCGGCGGAUUGCCAACGUUGAUUCACAAUGUGAGUAGACAACAAACCACGGUCCUUGUGUAUUUAAGAUUUUGGCGAAGAAGGAAGCCGGCCGCGAGUGUCUGUUACUUCUGGGCUUCGUCUAGAAUUCUAAUCAAGCGACUAUCCAUCCUCACAUAUAUGAUGAUGAUGCUCUUAUUAAUGACCGGCCGAAUGCCUGUUGCAGCUGUUUGAGCUGAGAAAUGAGACGCCAAGUCGCUACGAGGAGUUGCUCGGAAAGAAGGGGCGCUUCUGGGUGCACUUCACCGUAGCUUCACUCUGCUUCGUCUUGCUCGGGGCCUCGCCGCCGGUCAUCUACGGCUUCUCUUUCAGGCAGAGCGACGAUAGAGAGCUCAAGAUGGCCACCGUCGCUGGAGCAUCCCUCAUCUGUGUCGCCCUGCUCGCCGUCGCAAAGGCCCACGCGCAGGAAGGGCGGAAGAAGCCGUACUUACAGAUGCUUCUGCGCUACGUGGGACUCGCCGCUGGGGGGUCGGGCCUCUCCUACGUCGUCGGGACUGCGGUGAAGAAGUUAAUGGAGAAGCUCGCGCUCUUUGAUGACUGGGCGGCCAAUCUGGCUUCUCCAUUCUCCGGCGGGCUAGAAAAGGGGACGUCGACGGCGCCGUCAUGGGGAGCUUACUGA